AUGAGGAUUCACGAUGAUGAUGAUGAUGAUGAUGAUGAUGAUGAUGAUGAUGAUGAUGAUGAUGAUGAUGAUGAUGAUGAUGAUGAUGACGAUGAUAUCGAUAAUGAUGAUGAUGAUGAUGAUGAUGAUGAUGAUGAUGAUGAUGAUGAUGAUGAUGAUGAUGAUGAUGAUGAUGAUGAUGAUGAUGAUGAUAAUGAUGAUGAUGAUUAUGAUGAUUCAUGA